AUGGGCAACUUGUGCGCCGUUCUUUUCCUUUUCUCAGCGCCAACGGCGGCGCACGAGGAUAACAUGAUUGCCAAGAACGACGAGGACGAUCAAGAAUACGACCCAGCUACGCUGAUGCCGGCAACCCCGCCUGUAGAUAGGCGCGCGGCCGCAUCAUCUGUGCGGUGGAGGCACGGUAGUGUUGGACGGGGUGGGAAUGGGGCUCAUCAAAUUCUUGGUCGGCAGCGGAAGGCGAUCGCCCCACCCGUCGCAUUUCGACUUAGCUACCUGCCGUUAGAAGCGAUGCCGAAGUCGGCAUGGGCGGCAUCCGCCGCGGGCCAGUAUGUGUCGUUGGCUUGGCUGUCGAUGGUGGUCCAGGGGCUAUAG